AUGCAGCAACGAGCAAUGCGGUCGAUUACCAACAUCUAUCUAAUGAACUUAGCCAUCACUGAUCUCAUGCUAUCUGUUGUAUGUAUGCCGCCGACCCUUUUUUCCAUGGUGAUGAACUGCUGGAUCUUUGGCAACGUUCUCUGCAAAGUGUUCGCCUACCUACAACCGAUGGUCGUGACGGCGUCAGCGUACACACUGGCGGUGAUAGCGUUUGAACGAUACUACGCCAUAUGUCGCCCGCUACACUCGCGAAUAUGGCAAACAAGGUCGCACGCGUACGCGAUGAUCAUGUUAGUGUGGGUGAUAGCGUUGGCAGCAAAUGUGUUGAUGUUGUUCAUGUACGAGGAACAGACCUAUAAUGGGAAUGGGCUCACUUGUACACCUAUCUACAAACCCGUUUACCAUUUUGCCAAUCAGGUUUACAUGACAAUCGUACUGUUAGCCGUGCCGUUGGUGAUCAUGACGGUUCUGUAUGGGUCUGUGAUUCGUACGCUCAAGCUCGGCAUUCGUCUUGAAAUCGCUGCCGUCGACUCAGUAGAUCAAGAAAACAGCACUGACGAAAACGAAGAAGUACAGCAGAAGUUGUCAUUCAUUCAAAAAUUAAAAGCCAAAUUACGGUCAGACAAAAAGACCACUGCCUUCCAAUCAAGGGAUAAUACCAUCAUCAAAAAGACUAUAAUCCCUCCAAUGGAGGGCAGUUUACGGUCCACACACAUACAAAAAAGUGCCGUUGCCAAACAACGAGUUAUUAGAAUGUUAAUAGUUGUUGUGAUUAUUUUCUUCUGUUGUUGGACACCAUCAUAUAUAUGGUGGCUAUUACUUAUGGCUGGUGAUUCAUUUGAGAGUCUCGAGUUAAGUGUUUGGAAUUCGGAUUUGAACACAUUCAUCACAUUGCUCACAUAUAUCUCAUCGUGUACGAAUCCGAUCACUUAUUGUUUUUUGAACAAAAAAUUCCGUACGGCUAUCUAUGCGAUGUUUGGCCGAAAGAAAUCUCUACGGCAUCACUUCCAAAAGCAGCAUCACACGAUUUGA